AUGGACAACUCUCUGGACCAGACGACUCUAGCAACCCUUUCCCUACUCGAGUCCCGAUUAUUGCGAAUCGAAUAUUUGCUUUACGGCCAAACCGUGUCGCCUCCGCCAGCACAACAGGAUGCGGCGCUACGGAGGAUGAAAAACCUGGAAAGGAGAUUUUCCAUGAUGGUUUCUCAAAUACGUGUUUACGGCGAACUGCUGAAGAUCUACAGAUCCCAUCCGGACUUGUUCCACGCACCGAAGGCUUCCGAACCACCAUCCCAGCUGUCAAUGUCAGCUAUCCGGUCCAUUGUUCUAGCUUCAGCUUCAGCCUUUCCCUCGACACUAUCGUCCCUGACCAACAUCAAAGAUAGUCCGAUUCCAGACCUAUCCGAGAGCGCUGCUCUGAUAAGCUCAGCGGAACGAAUGAAGUCCAUGGAAGCAACUCAAAUAGCUCAACUUGCCGAAAUCAGUGACUUGCGACGAAGAAGCGAGGCGGCCAUGCUUUCGUGGUACGAGAAGGUGGUAUUGACGGGCUCGCAGGGUCUAGCUGAUGUUGAGAGCCGUGUCCAAGGGCUGGAAAGACUGGUAAGAAGAAAGGAGCUGGCGGUGGAGGAGGGCAAACAGUUGUAG